UUGACCCCAGGCGCCCUUCCACCUUCCCCAGGUGGAGCAGAGGCUGGGCUGCCAGACUGCCUGCUGAUGCUGGCCUACAGGGACAAGGCGGAGCGGGCCAGGGGCCUGCGGGAGCGCAGCAGCCUGACGCUGGAGGACAUCUGCGGCCUGCAGCCCGGCCUGCCCUACGAGGGCCUGGCCCACACGCUCGCCAUCGUUUGCCUGUCGCAGGCCGUCAUGCUGGGCUUCGACAGCCGAGAAGCCAUGUGCGCCUGGGACGCCCGGAUCCGCUACGCACUUGGCGAGGUGCAUAGGUUCCACGUAACAGUGGCUCCAGGCACCAAGCUGGAGAGCGGCCCGGCCACCCUCCACCUCUGCAACGACAUCCUCGUCGUGGCCAGGGACGUCCCUCCGGCCGUCACGGGGCAGUGGAAGCUGUCUGACCUCCGGCGCUACGGGGCCGUGCCCAACGGAUUCAUCUUUGAAGGCGGGACCAGGUGUGGGUACUGGGCCGGAGUCUUCUUCCUGUCCUCGGCCGAGGGAGAGCGGAUCAGCUUCCUGUUCGACUGCAUCGUCCGCGGCAUCUCCCCGACCAGGGGCCCCUUUGGGCUGCGGCCGGUCCUCCCAGACCUGAGCCCUGGGGGUCCCGCCACGGUGGAGGAGCGCGUGGCCCAGGAGGCCCUGGAGGCCCUGCAGUUGGAGAAGCGGCUCAGCCUCCUCUCCCAUUCCUGCCGGCCAGGCAGCGGAGGGGAUGACCGCAGCCUGUCCAGCUCGUCGUCGGAGGCCAGCCACUCGGACGUCAGCGCCAGCAGCCGGCUCACAGCGUGGCCAGAGCAGUCCUCGUCCUCGGCCGGCAUGUUGCAAGAGGGGCCCGGGCUGGCGGCGGCCCAGGCCCCUGGGGAGGCCGCGCUGGGCGCCUCGAGGCCGCCCCCGAAGCCGCUGCGGCCGCGGCAGCUGCAGGAGGUUGGCCGCCAGAGCUCGUCGGACAGCGGCAUCGCCACGGGCAGCCACUCCUCCUACUCGGGCAGCUUCUCGUCCUGCGCCGGCAGCAGCCUGGACGUGUGGCGCGCUGGCGACGACUUCGGCUCGCUGCUCAGCCUGCCGCCGGCGGGGGCGCCCGAGCCCAGCCUGUGCGCCUGCCCGCCGGGCGCGGCCGAGUACCAGGUGCCCGCUGCGCUGAGGCCCCACUACGACACGCCGCGCAGCCUGCGCCUCGGCCCCCGCGACCCGCCCGCGGCGCACGGCGGCCCCGACAGCGCGGGGCCCGGGGACUCGGGCGGCCAGACGUCCGCGGCCUGUCCCUCCGGCUGGCUGGGUGCGAGACGGCGGGGACAGGCGACGGAGGCCCCCGGCGGCGAGCCCGCACUGCCCAGCCCGGCCCCCGGCGAGUCCUGGGAGGCGGCCGUGCCCCCCGCCGGGCCCCCAACCGCUUUCUUUUCCGCGUGUCCCGUCUGUGGAGGCCUCAAGGGAGCGGCUGCCUCCCCACCUGGGAUCCUGACGGCGCGCGCAGGUAGGCCCGGUCCCCUGGGGGUCACCACCCUGGGGCCCGAGAGCCCGCGCCGCGAGGCGCCCACCUACGUGAACCUCCCCGCCAGCCCCUCCUCCACGACGCAGCUGCACUACAUGGGCCUGGAGCUCCCGGAGGCGGGCGCGGGGAUCCGAGGGGCCGGCGCUUCCCGCUACGCACAGAUCGACAUCACAGCCACCGAGGUGGCCCACCGGGUGGGGGCCCGGCAUGCACAGAGCCGGGAGGAGCGGCUGCCCGAGCUGGAGCAGAGGAGAAUGGGGGCCCCACAGUGA